AUGAGAUAUCGAAAUACAUCAAGAAGAAAGAACUUCAUGACGCAUAUCAUGUUGGUAGCAGAAGACAGUGGCACAGCAUUCGCUCCUCCACUCAUUGCCCUUAAUACGCAGAAAUUGUGUGCGGGUUCUAGUGGCGAAGAGCAAGUGGCAAGCUGUUCGAUGAUUGAGUCUCAGUACAAUGUUUGGACGGUUGCUUUUUCAGCUGACUGGCCAGCUCUUUUAACCCUCUCUUCGCCUCGCGGCGGCACCCCACUCCCGUUCUUUACCUUCACUUCUUUUAACUUCGUCUCGUUGAAACCCGAGAAUAACCAAAAGAGAAACGACGAUAGGGUCAAGGCCACAACCAUUCAACCUCCUCUUCAACGACCACACAGCCAACAAUCAAAAGAAUACAUACCCACAACUGCAACAGUUGUCCAAGGAGCGAACAGCAAGAUGCCCACCUCUAUCCCCCUCCCCUCCCCUCACAUAUCCAGAGGUCCUGACAUUCCCGCAAGAAUUACCCCAUCCCCCAUGCCUAAAUCCGCAAGAAUAGAAACCUUAUGGUUCUUUCUCGUCGACACAACACAUGGCCAACCUGUCUACGACUUGCCCCCAUGCAAUAAAAUGCCAAACUUCCACUUAAACACAUCCUCCCACCCAACCACGACAAGUCGACUCGACUGGACUCAACUCAACCCGCUCGCCCGCUCGCUCGAACGCUACACUUAA